CAUUAACGAGUGACAGGCUUAAUGACUAACACACCUCUAACAUUUCACCUCUAGCUCAGAUGAGAGAGAGAAUGGGACUUCUUGGUACUGAUUGUUUUUCCUGUGCCUCAAUUGGUUUCUUUUAGGGAGCUACAAAUUUACGUGUUCACUGAUGAUUGAUCUUUUCAUCCAGCACAAUGGACAGAAGUCUAAGGAACGUCCUUGUGGCUUCCUUUGGGUUCCUGCUUCUCUUUACAGCCUAUGGAGGUCUGCAGAGCCUGCAGGCUGGGCUGCAAGGGGACCAUCAUCCUCUCCAUGUGUGGCUACGUGGCCUUCUCCGUGGGCAACUUCUUCGCCAGCUGAUGGUGAGUCUCGUGGGCACCUAGGCAGACGUCACCAAUGGACCGAAAGCUGCACCUCGCCCACCAUUAGGAGGUACACUUUGAUCCCCACCUCCAUACUGCUGGGACUCGGGGCCGCCCCGCUGUGGUCUGCACAGUGCACAUACCUCACGAUCACGGGAAACACACACGCAGAGAAGGCGGGAAAGCGUGGCAAAGACAUGGUGAACCAGUAUUUCGGCAUCUUCUUCCUCAUAUUCCAGUCAUCCGGUGUGUGGGGCAACUUGAUCUCAUCGCUGGUAUUUGGCCAGACUCCCAGCCAAGAGACCCUUCCAGAAGAGCAGCUCACGUCCUGUGGGGCCAGUGACUGCCUGAUGGCCACCACAACCACCAACAGCACCCAGAGGCCCUCCCAGCAGCUGGUCUACACCCUCCUGGGCAUCUACACUGGGAGCGGUGUCCUGGCUGUCCUGAUGAUAGCUGCGUUCCUCCAACCCAUACGAGAUGUUCAGCGGGAAAGUGAAGGAGAGAAGAAAUCAGUACCUUUCUGGUCCACUUUACUGUCGACUUUCAAGCUAUAUAGAGAUAAACGUCUGUGCCUCUUAAUUCUGCUGCCGCUGUACAGUGGAUUGCAGCAAGGAUUCCUCUCCAGCGAAUACACAAGGUCCUAUGUCACCUGCACCCUGGGCAUCCAGUUCGUCGGCUACGUGAUGAUCUGCUUCUCAGCCACUGACGCGCUGUGCUCCGUGUUGUAUGGAAAGGUCUCGCAGUACACGGGCAGGGCUGUGCUGUACGUGCUGGGUGCGGUGACCCACGUGUCCUGCAUGAUUGCCCUACUGCUGUGGAGACCUCGUGCUGACCAUCUGGCAGUGUUCUUCGUAUUCUCUGGCCUGUGGGGCGUGGCAGAUGCCGUCUGGCAGACACAAAACAAUGCUCUCUACGGCGUUGUGUUUGAGAAGAGCAAGGAAGCUGCCUUCGCCAAUUACCGCCUGUGGGAGGCCCUGGGCUUCGUCAUUGCCUUCGGGUACAGCACAUUUUUGUGCGUGCACGUCAAGCUCUACAUUCUGCUGGGGGUCCUGAGCCUGACCAUGGUGGCGUAUGGGCUUGUGGAGUGCGUGGAGUCCAAGAACCCGAUCAGACCCCACGCUCCAGGACAGGCGAACCAGGCAGAGGAUGAAGAAAAACAAACAAAAAUGUGAGAGCAGUGAGGUCCGAGGAGGAUGAACUCAGAAAGCACCAGCCAGAGAGUUUUCUUAGAAGAUGCCUCAGGACAUAGAGCGGCUCCUCAUCACCACCUCAGCACAAUUUGGCCAUUGUGAAGAGAUCAUAUUAUUUCACUCUUUAUGUAUUUUUCCUAUUCUAACAGACUUAGUCCACCAUCUUAUUAACAGAGAUCAAGUGUAUACAUGAAGGUAUCUGUUAAUUUAAUUUUAGAUACAAAAGAAAAAAGUACAAUCAGCCAAUUAGAAUUUGCCUGAAAUCAUAGACUCACCCUAGUUUUAUUGCUGUAGUUGUUUUUAAGAAUUGGAAGACUGCUUAAAACAAUGUAGUCUAACCCCAUAAUUUUACAAAUGGGCGAACUUUUAAACUUCUAACUCUACUUGGAUUAAAACCUCAUACAUUUUACAAAGAGGUCCUGACAAGUCAGCUGACUCAACCUCACAGAGUCAGGGGGUGACAAAGCCAGACUGGGGCUCAGGAUUCCUGAAACGUGUGGGGUCUGCGUUUCUAAAUAAAGACGGUUAUUUAACGGA